ACUUCCCAGUGACAUCAUCAGUAAGCCCUUCACUGGACAAUCUAUUGUAUCUAAGAGAUCCCUAGAAUCUCCUGUGUGUGAUGUCACCAGUGUUGUGGUGACACCAACUGCCUUUGGGAUAUUCCUUCAGUUCCCUUUGGGUUCACAAGCAGGCAUGUUUCGCCAGCUGCUCAAGCUAUUUCGAAAGGAAAGGGGAGAUCAAGGAGAGACCACACCAAGGCAGAAGGAGGAUGACCUCCUCUCUAGUAAAACAGGAAGGAAGAAAUCAUUCUGGGGAAGGCUUGGAUUUGGUAGGAAGACAUCAUCCCAAAUUGUCAUCAGUGAGCAAGAGAAGUGUCGAAAGGAACUGGAGGAACUCAAACUUGAAAUCCAGAAGUGUAAAUUCGAGAGGGAUGAACUUUAUCAAAUCCUGGACUUUUAUAUCUAUGAUGAUUGGGACCUCAGGCUGGAUGUCGAAUUGCCAAUACUUCAAUCCGAACAUGAGAGGAGAAUGAUGGCUAUGCAAAUGAUGACCAACUCAAUAAGUGAUGCCAUGGAGAGGUACAAGGAGCUCAUACAAGUGAACAGUUCCUACCACAUCAGGCACUCCCAGCUCCUGUGUGAACAAACUCAAUUGAAGAACAAAAUACAGAUUUUGCUGAAUGAGAAGAGAGAACAGCUGGUGGAGCAGACUGAACUGCCAGCAUCCUCUGUGGAGGCAAAGAGGCUCUGUGAAGAGGCCAGAAUGAACAUCUGUGACCCCAGAGCCAAGCAACAGCAGGGACGUUUGAGACUCCAGGAAGUAAGUCAAACCAGAAUCUUCCCGGGGGAAGACGCAUGUAGAAAUGGCAAAGAAAAGGUUGUCCUUGUCAUUUGUGGUGGCUGUUGUCCUUCUUCCCCUCUUCUCCCUGUAUAUGAAGAAAGUGUCUGCAUGCUUCAUAGAGCUUGGGUCUGAAAUUCUCCAGCAGAAACUCGAACAUGACACAGACCUGGGCAAGAUCUCCCUUGGUGAGAAGUGGUACAGGAGGAGAACAAAGUGUGCACAGCAAAUACACCACUAUUGCAUCUCAUCUGUAAUGUCCAUAGCAACUGUGGACUGCAUUUUCCUCCUUUAGUUUGAAUUCUUUGGAUUGAAUAGGCCGUACUUUCACCUUGCCUCUCUCCAGCAAGUGUACAGUUUUGGAGGGACCCAGAGAAGUCCUGAUGCACAUCAAUCAAGAGCUGCUGGUCAUCCAGAAAGACUGUUCGUGUGUAAAUUUGUACUUGUCCUGAUGGGUCAUCCAGAAGGGUUUCAUGGAGAUCAGUCCACAACAUUGGAAAGACUUUGAGACAAAGGCUGUGAUGUAUUUUAUACUCGGUAUUGGAUGGUCUUGUCCUUCAUACCCCACUUCAAUAGAAGAGACCUCCUUACAUUCCACUUGAAAAGAUUAUUACCAUCAGUAACUGCUUAUCUAUUAUGUUCCAAGGCCAACCACGGGAUAUAAGUCUGUUCUGCAAAAUGAGUAGCAAAAGAAUGUUUAGCAUAAUUCCUCUGUUUAGAUUUUGGCUUGAAUUUUGAUUAUUUUGGUUUUUCUUGUAUUCAUUUGAAAGUUUGGUAUUUAUUUGUUUUUGUUUUAUUCUUGCAGUUGAUUCGCUAUUUUGAUGAGGAUAUAGACUGUAUAUAUUGACUACCCGCAUCUGGUUACUAUUGAGUAAAUUGGAUGUAUUCCUUUAAAUAAAACAGUAAUCUCAAA